AUGAGAACAGAAGGAGCAGUAAUAUUAUUAGUAUUUUCUAUACAUUAUGCUGAUUUAUUAUAUUGCUUUUGGAAUACUGGAUGCCCUUAUAAAUACUUAUCUACCGAAACUCCAUACAAUUCUGUGCGUGGAGACAUUCGAGACUCGAUUGUAAAAUUAAAAGGGUGUGAACCAGUUAGCUUAUGGGGUAUAUAUAGACACGGAAAGCAACUUCCAAGUUCUCAUAUUAGUAAAAGUAUGAAAGAAGCUGUAGCCAUUAGGAAUUAUGUAGUAACAAGCUAUGAAAAGGGUUUCAGUUCACUUUGCGCCCAAGACGUCGAAAAUUUGCGGAACUGGGAAUUCAACGACAGUUUUUUUGAUGGAAAACAGGACAUAACGGAAGAGGGUCGAAAGGAAAUGGCAGGUCUAGGCAGACGAUUAAAGGAAGCAUUUCCGGCCUUAUUAAAUGAUCUUCAAAAAGGCAGUUACACGUUUCGUUCUGCCCGAGGGUCUUGGGUCGAAAAGAGUAUUAAGUACUUCGUUAAAGGCUUAGGAAAUAAAAAAUUGAAUAUUGAAGAUUCGAAAGCUGAAACCGAUGUAAUGGAUCCAUAUACAACAUGUGAGUCAUACCAAGAGAACGUGCAAAAAAAUCCAAACAUUUCUGUAGAAGCUGAUGCGUUCUUAAAACAUUCGGACUACCUAGCGACGAAAGACAAAAUUCAACGCAGGAGCGGAAUAGAUUACACCCUCAGUGAUAAAAACAUUACGGCCUUGUAUGAUUUAUGUCGUUAUACGUGGUCCGCUGUUGACGGUAAAGCUAGUCCCUGGUGCGCACUUUUUACGAAGGAUGAUUUACAAGUUCUCGAAUAUAUACAAGAUUUAAAGCACUAUUAUUCAAAUGGUUAUGGAACACCAGUGAAUAAAGUGUUUGGAAGAGUUCCAUUAGGGGACUUAGUGCAAAGUUUCGAAAAAGUAAAACAAGGAGGAGGCAAGAAGAUUACAGCCUACGUCACUCAUGCUACUAUGCUAGAUCAGAUAUACACUGCGUUAGGACUUUUCAAAGAUAGUAAUCCGUUAACUGGGGCGAAUAUGGAUCGAGAACGAAAAUGGAGGACGAGCAAAAUAUCUGUAUUUUCAGCGAAUUUAGUAGCUGUCUUAAACCGAUGUGAAAAAGAAGGUUCCGAAGAUUACAACGUUGUGUUCUACUUAAAUGAGGAGCCAAUUAGAUCAAUAUGUGAGGAGGGUGUUUGUUCCUGGCUGGAGUUCGAGACCAAGUUGCGACCUUUCAUUAACACUACUAUCGACUUUUGUGAGCCACGAAGUGAACCUUAUUAAUCUUUGACCAAAUUUUGAUACAAAGAAUCUCGAUUACCCAAUUUACUAAGAAAUAUGUUUCCAUUAUUUUAUUCCGUAAAAACAUUUCUACAAAUCCGCUACAAUAUAAUUACAAAUACUUUUUAAUUUUCAUUCUGAUUAAUAAAAUACUUUUCUUUAUUAAAUAAUAUUAUUUAA